AUUCACAGAAGCGGAUAAUUUUGCAAAAUUAAUGAACAAACCAAUAAAUGGAACGCAAAAGGCUGCAACUUCAGCAGUUCCAAUGGUAUAACUUCAAGAAGGCUGGCUUUUCAGUGAAUUAAAGUCCUGUUUAAAAAAAAUACUUCUUGGCUCUUGUGGAUUUCUUGAUCAAGAAGUCAAAUCAUUACACUGCAUUGUUUGCGCAGUUUCGUUAUUGUUGUGAGUCCAAACUGCGAAAAUUGAGUCAAUAUCGCUUUACGGACAGACCAUAGUUCGAUAUAUUCGUCGAACUAUGGCAACCUGGUCGACGGACGUCCGAUGGACGAAAUUACGGACAUUUGACACAAGCGAGCAUGAGACCCAUCUCGAUGAUUUGAAGAAAGUCGCGCACACAGCUAGCGACGAAAGCGACGAGGAAUGGCUUGCACAGCUCGAGCGAGACUAUGCUUCGUCUAGAAGACGCCACAAGACGCGUUUUGGCUUUACAGAUCGUGUGUUGGUUGUUGCGUUAAUUGUUUCCACAUUAAUUACAAUUUGUUUAGCAUCUUUACUGAUAGCUCACAGUAAUACGAUUACCAGCGUGCCCUAUAGAAGUUAUCAGAACCCCAUAUGCGAGACAAAGGGUUGCAUUUCUGCUGCUUUUAGCAUUUUGAAUAAAAUGGACGAGACGGUCAACCCGUGCCGCGAUUUCUAUCAGUAUGCUUGCGGAAAAUGGCUCAAGGAUUCCGUAGUCCCUGCUGGGAAUUCCAAAUGGAGCGCAUUUCACCAAGUCGCUGAGCAAAACCUACGAACACUAAAGAAAAUUUUCGAUAGGGACGACUUCGCAAGCAACGGAGAUAUUUUCCGUAAAGUUAGAGACUAUUAUUCGUCUUGCACGAACAAAAGCAUCAUUGAGGAGCGUGAUGCAGCGCCAUUGAAAAAGUUGAUCUCGGACGUUGGGUCUUGGAGCGUCACUGGGGGCCAUACGUGGACUGCGGAGACCUGGAACUUUGAGCAGGCGCUCAGCUUAAUGCAUAAACUGAAGAGCACUCCACUUUUCUACAUGUUUGUAGCUGCCGAUGAUAAAAAUUCCUCGCAAAACAUCAUCCAGAUUCAGCAAGCAGGGAUAACUCUGUCUGACAGGGAAUACUACACUAGAAACGAGUCUGACAAGGUGGUAAAAAAGUAUAAAGAGUUCAUGGUUAAAAUCGCUACUCUUCUCAAUGGAGGUGAGCACCCGAACAUAACAGUGCACACCAACACAACCAAUUCCACCGCCGCCUCUAGUAACACCACCACGACAGCCACAGCCGACUCCACGACGGGCAUUCUUAUGGAUGAAAUCUUUCAGUUCGAGAAGAAGCUGGCAGAGAUUUACGAGCCAAAGGAACGUCUCCGUCACUCGGACAAGAUCUACCACAAAAUGACUGUUGAAGAUCUGCAACAGCUGGCUCCAGCGAUUCCAUGGAUGGAUUACAUGAACAACUUGUUUAGCACACCCGUCGGCCAUGACGAGCCAGUUGUAGUAUAUACGCCUACCUUCCUCAAGAGCAUGUCUGACUUAGUCAUCAGAACAGACAGAAGGAUCUUAGCAAACUACAUGGUAUGGCACUUGAUCAAACCGCUGACCACCGAGUUAUCUAAGCCUUACCGCGAAGCUGCGCUAGACCUGAUGCGCGUGGAGAUGGGGGUGGAGAGUGGAGCUCCCACAUGGAAGAGCUGUGUAACGAAGACUGAUACCGUCCUAGGCUAUGCCACUGGCCACCUGUACGUCAAGCAACAUGACGGCAAAGACGUUAAGGAAAAGGCGAAACAAGUCAUUCAAAGCAUCAAAGAAGCGUUCAUCUCGAACCUACCCACAGUCACGUGGAUGGACGAGGAAACCAAGACGAAGGCGCAGGAGAAGAUGGAGUCAGUGCUCGAUUUGAUUGGAUAUCCCGAUUGGAUCAUGGACGUUGCGCAGUUGAACGCCUAUUACGUAAACCUUGUGAUCACCCCUGAGAUGUCUUUUGAAAACCACCUGAACGCCAGAAGAUUCGUUCAUCAGCAGACGAUGGAAAAACGGGGAAAGGCAGUCGACAGAAAAGAAUGGCACAUGACUCCAGUUGACGUCAACGCCUAUUACAGUCUUCCGAACAACUAUAUCGCGUUCCCUUCGGGUAUCUUGCAAAGGCCAUUCUUCGAUCCCGAAUUUCCACAAGCGAUGAAUUAUGGUGCCGUUGGCAUGGUGAUGGGCCACGAACUCACACACGGGUUCGACAGCAAAGGUCGACUUUUCGACAAGAAUGGAAAUCUAGAAUCAUGGUGGAAAAACCAAUCCGUGGAAGCGUUCGAGGAGCAUGUAUCCUGUAUGGUGGAACAGUAUAGCAAUUUCACGGUGGCUGACGUGAAGGUUGAUGGGAAGCAGACCCUCGAUGAAAACAUAGCAGAUAACGGAGGAUUGCGGCUGGCUUUCCAGGCACACCGACAAUGGGAUAAAGAAAACGAAAAACAACCGCGUCUCCCUGGACUUGAGUUAUCACGUGAUCAACUCUUCUUCCUCGGAUUUGCUCAGCUCUGGUGCUCAUCGUCGACCAAGAAUAGUAUGCACCACCCUCUGCUGACAGACUCUCACAGUCCGGACAGAAUCAGGGUACACGCCGCGGUAUCAAACUCGGAGCAGUUUGCGGAAGCCUACGAUUGUCCUCUUGACACCCCGAUGAACCCUGCCAAAAAGUGCAGGGUCUGGUGAAACCACACCCUCUUGAGAACGAAUUGGAGACGUGUUAUCAGAGCGAAAGAUUGGUCCAUGGCUUGUUUAUAUAGUUGGUGCUUCUAGUGAUGGUCGAACCAAGUAACAACCUACAUGACCAUGAAUUUAUAUGUGCUACUACUUUUUUAUAUAUUUUUUUCUCGGAGACCCAGCUUACUUUGCUAUCGUAUUCCUCAACGCUGGACCAACAUAGCCAAAGAGGCUUGAUAAAAUGGCGUGACAAUGAGAGCGUGACAGAUAUACUGAGUGCGUGAUAUGAUGCAUGAACAGGAAUUUCCUUCCACGGUCAGGCCCGUUGCCAGGGGGGGGAGGGGUUCGGACGAACCCACCCACCCGGCUUGAAUAUCCGCUCAGAGCAAACAAAAA